AUGACUAUUGGGAUUUUUGGCACGUGGGACCAUCAGUUCAACGCCACUGAGCAAGCACUCACAGAUAAGAUCAAGAACAACCCUUGCUAUCCAUUCACUAUAGUGAAGGACGUGUUUGUUCUUGAAUAUCAGCAUGAAAACAUCUGGAAAGGUUCACUGCUACUGAUCGCCUCCACCAUUGGAACUGCCUGUUACAUGAACAUGGAGUUUGGGGAUCAUCACAAGUAUACUGGGUUCCUGGUGUUCAGCAUGUGUCUCUCUCUAUGGCUGGUCUGUUCCGGGGCCUUCCGCCGGCGCCUGGUGAUCGAUCACAAGAAGAAGGAGUACCGCUACUACAUCCACACACACCUACGCCACAGGGGCCCCUUGCACCAGAUCUACAUACGCAUGAUAGCGCAGAAGAGUGGACAGGUACUGCUGAUGUACAAGCUGAUGCUGAAUGGAUACAAGAUUGAAGGGAGGGAACUCAGUGGCUUCUCAGAGAAAUAUGAGCUGUUGGAGUGCCAGGGCAGGAGGAUAGCGACGAAACUCAACCUCAAUUACUUUGACUACCAGGACACUUCUAAACGGCACCUUGUCAUCCACAGGCCCAAAAUCAUCCUGUCUGCUAACAAUGAUCACAACAGUCCACCUAUCUGA